AUGGAAAUUCAAAACGGACCAGAUGAGGAAGUGCUACGUGAAGUAUCCAUGGAAGUAUCUAGGGAAAUACCUCAUAAUACAAUGACCAAUGUAAUUGAUGACCGAGAAACUAGGGAAACUGCAUCAACAACCACAACUACAAUAUUGAAGACAAUGUAUAAUUUGACAUCAAAUCAGACUAUACCUGUUGUGGAGAAGAAUUAUAUGGGAUGUAUGGAUGUUGGAAAUUUUUUAGAUAAACUUAAUUUGGAUCUCUACACAAAAUACUCGAUUCUUAGAAAUCAUUGGAUUCCUCCUCUCAAUUAUGAGUAUCCAUGGUCUGAACACAUACGAGCUGGUAUUGCUAAAAAAAGAAAGCCUUUAAAGAAACAUUUAGACAACUAUCCUUGGUUAGUUUUGUCGGAUUUGUGUAAAGGACUUUUUUAUGGAUAUCUUGAAAUUCAUAAAAGAAACAAGUACCACCAUGAUGCACUUCAAUCAAACCAACAGUUUUUGCUGGCUUAUGAAAAUCCAAAUAAUAGUGACAUAAACCAAAUUAAUUCAUUUAGAUUCAAACAAGUAACAGAGAAUCGUGAAAGAUUAAAACCAAUUAUUGAAACUUUGAUUUUAUGUGGAAACCAAAACAUACCAUUGAGAGGAUAUCGUGAUGAUGGAGAACUUCUAAAUUCAAAUUCUCAACUUUUAAAAAAUGAUGGCAAUUUUCGUGAAAAUUCAUUGUCACUUAAAGAAGUUGGAGUUUAUGCUAUUAUAUUCGAUGAAACAACAGACAUGUCCCAUACCGAACAACUCAGCUUGUCAUUACGAUAUGUGUAUGAUGAGAAAAUCUAUGAGCGGUUUAUUCAAUUUGUUGAUGCUUAUAAUUCUAUACAAGACAGUGAUAUUGUAUCAGGAGAAUCAAAAUUAACUGGUCGUGCAAUUGGUCAUAUUGUAUUGAAUAUAUUAGAAAACUUCGGAUUAGAUUCAAAACUUUGUGUGAUGACUUCAAAUGAUAUUGGUGCAGUUACUACUAUCUUGGAAGCUUGUCGAAUGGCUGUUUGUUGUCCUUGUUUCAGUCAUGCAUUAAACAUUUCCCUUUCUCAGUCAUCAAAAGUGAUUUCUAUUAGAAAUACUGUUAGUAUACUAAAAGAAGUAAUUGCAUUUUUUAAUAGUUCUGCCAAGCGACAAAUUGUUUUAAAAAAUAUUUUGAUACACAAUUUAAAAGGACUAUGUCAAACACGUUGGAUUGAAAUGCAUGAUGAUGUGUUACAAUUUAAAUCAUCUCUUUCAAAGAUAAUAGAAUCAUUGGUCGAAAUUCAGAGUUGGACGGAUAAAGCAUCAUCAUCGAAAGCACUUUCGCUUGUUUCUACUAUUUGUACUAGUGAAUUUUUAAUUUCUCUAUACUCUCUGAUUGAUAUAUUAAAACAUUCACUAGUUGUCAGCCCUCUUCUUCAAUCAAAUUCACUUGAUCUACAAAAUGCAACACAAGCUACUCAAACACAUAGAAUGGCGACUGAAUUAGAAUUUGAAAUUAAAUUACCUCGUUUAGUCAAAACAAUGAAUCAUAGAUCCAAUUACCCUACUGAAGGAGAUGGAGACAAGGCAAUAGAAAAAUACUAUCGUUGUUCUAUAUAUAUACCGUUACUUGAUGGAAUUUAUACAGACCUCAAGACUCGUUUAAACCCCAAUACAUUGAAGUUAUUUGAUUUGCGGUUACUGAUACCAAAAAUAUUUUUGAAUAUAAUAGCUUCAGACAAAAAUAUCACAAGAAAAAUAUUACAAGAAAGGAUACUAAAAAUUGUUCCCAUGUUUAAUUACUCAUGGCAAAAUGAUGAUUAUACCAAAGAUGUAUUAGCUGAAGAGUAUGACUUAUGGUUUAACAUGUGGCAAAAUCAAUCCAGCAAUAUUGAAAUAAAAGUACCAAGCACUGCUAUAUCUUCACUGAUAGUUUGUUCUAAAGAUAUGUUCCCUAUAAUUUCUUCAUUAUUAAGAAUAUUAUCAACAUUGCCUGUUAGCACUGCUACCGUUGAAAGAAGUUUUUCAACUUUAAAGCGAGUGAAAACAUGGCUUCGUGCUACCAUUAGCCAGGAAAGGAACAUUUGA